AUGGUUCCCAAUGUACCCAUCAUCUGGAACGCGUUCACUCUCACACUAACCUCGGUAACCAUCCCACCAAUUCCGCUGCUAAACACAGCUUUCAUCACCGAUGGAAACAACACGGCACUCUGGAAUUCCGUGAUGAAAGCGCCUCUUUGGUGCACCAACAAAACUGCAGCAGAACAACUGGACUGCACGGUUAUAGACAACUGCCAAUGUGCACCAGCGGAAGUCCAAGCUACCUGCAAAUGCCGAGACGUAAGCAUCUCUGAGAUGUUUGGGGACGUCAGAAAUCGUCUGCCAGCUAUAUUUCCUGCGGUUUCAUUCAAGCAAAACGACGAAGGACAAGUAAAAGCUGAGGUACAGAGCCUAACGACAGCGGAGAUCAUCGUAACCAUCCAAGAAAAUGUACGAACAAAUGUGGUGGUGGAUAGCACAGUCUGCACAAUCGCGGAUGCAAUUCUAACAGGUUGCUAUAAAUGCGCCAGGGGCGCAAAAGCUACAAUUAAGUGUACGGCACCAAAGCAAACUCAAGCCGAAAUCAUCUGCGAGUCUGCCAGUUUCACUGUGGACUGCGACCAACAAGGAGCGCUUUCGGAGCUUCAGUUCAGCCUAGAUCGAGCGAGAGUGCAAAUGACAUGCUCAGUGUCUUGUGGAACAAUUGUAACAACUUUUGAAGUAGGAGGCAUUCUCAGAUUCACACAAACAGCUCAUGGAAUGAUGACACAAUGGCUGUCUGGAAACGGAGACCAAGCAGCAGAAACUCAGUGGCCAGAUUUUUGGCACAUCGCGGAAGUCUUCCUGCAGUGUCAGAAAUCAAAGAAAAGCUUCAUGAGAAACUCCUCUAAGAUUUUGCGAUAUUAUUCUCUGAAAAAGGCAACUUAUCAUCAUCCUUCACCCGUUGAUAUCGUUCUACCGCCUCCUCCACCGCCAGCUGAAACUGAGUCAGUCGAUUUUAACGUCACCGAAACCAUCGUUCUACCGAAGAGUUCUGACAAACUGGAUUUCUCAAGGAGAUGGCUUCAAGACGAUCUUAUGUCGUUGGCUCAUCAGCCACCGGUACCCAUUAUGAUGAUGCCAAAGCAGUGCUCAAAUUACAACGACGUCUAUGAGCAUUCAUUGGGCAGCUGCUCGGCCGAAAUUGCUGCUCUUAACCUAGCCGAAAAGAGGACGCUAGAAGCAGAAUAUGGAGGCGAAGGAGACGAUUGA